ACUCAGUUCAGUUGAGUCACUGAAACAGAGAAGAGUUUUAAACAAGUUUGUUGUAUAGUCUUAAACAUUAUUAAGUUUUUACAACAGUCAAAUCAAACAACAAAAUCUCUCUCCUUUCAAAUUCUCAUCAAACAAAAAUUAAAGUAAAAAGUUCUUCGUGUUCAAACGGUGUUGGAAGAAGAUCUCUCUUUAAGUCAAAGUCACUUAACUGGUUUAGUAGUGUUUAUAUUUUAUAUUGAAACAAGUGUCAGUCAACUUUAAGUCACUUCUUAUAUUAAUUAAUUAACGGUGCAAAAACUUUGGUGCUUUUUAUAACUGUGGAAUAAUAUUAUUUAGUGAAUUUAUUUAUAUAAAAAGGAAAUCAUUUUACAAAAAUAUCAAAAUGAGUUUAGCAAGCGUUUAUCCUGCUGAUGUACAUUGCCGUCAUAGUAGUUUACGUGGCAGUCAUUCAGUUAGUUCAAGUCUGGAUGAUCUACGUAAUUGUAGUCAAACGGCUGCGCAUACAGUUGCGGCCGCAGCAGCCGCUGCAUCAAAUUUAUGUGAACAUGUGCUCACCAUUGAAGAAUUACGAUUACAAUUGAAUUCAUGUUUCACGUGUGGUGUUUCAUGGGCUGAUAUGCAUGUCAGCUUAGAUUGCUCUGAAUGUGGUGGUUAUCCAUUAGAACGACCUUGUCCAUUGUGUGAUGGUGCUUGUAAUCAAAUUUGGAAACGUGAUUUAACCACGUCUCAUGCAUGUGGAAAAGCACGUUGGGUCGGUGAAUGUGGUCUCCGAUCAACAACCUCAAUCAACACCAUCGCACCAUCAACCUUAAUACGUCCACAAAGUGGUGCCUCAAUUUGUACACCCACCUCAACAAGUCAAUCAGCUACCGUUGCCCUCGCUCAAGAGCUUUGUGCACGCUUAGAAAAAUUACAAGCGACAUCAUGACGUCAUUUUUCAUUUUAGUUGUUCAUUUUUUUUU